AUGAGACGUUUUCCAAAAACUCCAACAAGUGAUAGCAAUCGUUUGACUUCACCAACGCUGUUGCCGUCCAAUGUGUCAACAAAUGCUUCAGCUAUUUCUGGAAGUGCAAAUAAUAAUACAAGUACUUCCUUCAAUACUAACGGUACUAACGGUUCUAGCACACAUACAUUCUCCUGGUCUUCUGUGGCCGCUGCAAAUAGUAACAACAAUACAACUAGUCGUUCGCUUCACAAUGAGGCGUCCGAAAAGUCGGAUGUACCAGGUGCAGACUCUGCGUUAAACCCCUUCAAAUAUUCCAAGGAAUUCAUGCUUAAACUAUAUAAGCCUGUAGGAUUACCCUUAGAGUUUGAGAGACACGAAUAUGUCACGAGUGAGGAGCCAUUACAGCCAAUGGCUUUAAUAAUGCUAACAGAACAAGAACAUAAGCUUCUAUCAGGUGCAUCUGUCAAUAGCGAGCUCACUCGUCGUAUCGUUUCCAAUGCUACAGGAGGGGUGGUUACGGGAAACGAACGAGUAGUGGAAAGGGAGAGAGUACCAUUUUCCCCGCGGGGAGAUAAACAUAUCGGUACCGGAUUAACUUCUCCUCGAACAGAAAGAUUCGUUGGAAUUACUGGUGGCGUGCUUAGUGAGCGAACAAGCCCACGUAGCAAUCGUCCACCUAGAGUUUCUGGCACUUUAAAUACUUCGUCUGUUGAUGACCCUGUAUGGAAUGGUGUCACUCGGCAUGCAAUAGGAACUUUUGAUAGCAAUGGGGUUUUUAGGAUCCCAGGAAGUAAUGUGGACGACGAAUCUAUAGAUAAAUCCAGGAAAGAUGAUUCUGAACGUAACAAGAAAAUCGAACAAGAGCUUGAAAAGAAAAGUCAGAUCAGCCUUUCGGAUACAGGCACCUAUAAUCAAUCUGCUCAAGAUGAGAGACUAUCACCAAAAAAAGAACAGACAGAGUUUCAAGAUGAAUCGGUCAAUGAAAUUGAAGAAAGCUUAAAAACUAUUUCUAUAAAAGAAUCUCAGUCAUCAUCACAAGAUAAUCUAAAGUUCAAACUUGACUAUCAUAACACAAUUUCAGAACAACAAGAACAAGACGAUAGAAACGGUUGGCAAGAAUCACCAGGAAAAGAAAUCUUGCAAGAUGAAAAUUCUGAACAAAAAAAUGUUCAAGAAAAAUUCAAUCAACAGGAACAAGAUGAACAAUCAUUAUCGUUGAGACAUAAUGAGGCGGAAAAGCAGCAAAAAUCACAAGAUGUCCGUAAUUUAAUACUUGAGGAAGAAGAACGAGAAAAAGAUCGCGAACGUGAGAAUGAACGCGAUAGGGAAAGGGACCAGCAAUUAAUAGAACAACAGGUGAUAAUGCAACAAUUACAGUUACAGCAAGAAAAAGAAAAGGAACUACAGCAAAGACAUGAAAAACAGAAAAUGCAACGUCAAUUUCAGGAGCAAGAACAGCUACAGAUACAUAUGCAACAAAGGCAGGAACAAGAACAAAAACAAUUACAAUUGCAAUUACAGUUGCAAUUGCAACAUCAGCAGCAACAACAGCAGCUAUUACUUCAACAACAGCAACAACAACAACAACAGAUCCUACAAGAUCAACAGGAUUUACUGCAGAGGCAGCAGCAGAUUUUGCAACAACAACAUCAACAAUUGUUGUUACCUCAUCAUUUUGAUCCUGACCAGGAUGACGAUGUAUUGAAAGAAGCAUUUUCCUAUUCGAGCGUUGUGGGAAAUUCACCUCCGAUGUCUCCUGGAAAAUCCAAUAAAUAUUCAAAUACACAUUCUAUUAUUGGUACAACAAGUGCCUUUAGUGACACAACUGGAGCGUCAAGUUUAUUUUCCAGCGGUGGAAUAACGCCUGAUUCAAGAAAAAUAACCUCAGAACAGAAAUGGCUAUAUCGAGAUCCAAGUGGUAACAUACAAGGACCAUUUAGUAGUCAGGAGAUGAAUGACUGGUAUAAGAAUGGAUUUUUUGCGCUUAGUCUUUUAGUUAAAAGAGUGGAAGAUACAACAUUUGAGCCACUGGGUGUACUAAUUCGGAAGACUGGUGAUGAUGAAAGACCUUUUUCAGCUCCUCUAAUGGGGUCAAGACCUUCCUUAACAAUUUCUAUGCCCAAUAACUCUUCACGCAUUGUAAAUGACCCUUUUCCUCGAACUUGGGCCACUCCAACUUCGCCUAGUACAGCACAAUUGUUUUUGGAACAUCAACAAAGGUUUAAUCCAUUUGGUGGCACAGCUUCGGUGCCUUCCACACCAUUUGAUAGGUAUCAAUUUGGAGGAGUUUUCGGACGGAAUGAUGUGACUAAUGGGUGGAAUGACCUGGGGACAACAAACAAUGCAUGGGGGUCAACUUCAAAUGCUGGAAAUUUGUCUCCACGAUUACCAGUUCCUAACUCUCCUCCUCCAUUAUUUAAUGGCACUGCAUCAUUUAAUGUAUCUCCACCUCAAACUUAUUUGGAACAUCAACGUGCUUUAACUUCACAAAUUGAACGACAACAAUUUUUGAUGUUACAGCAAAGACAAAUUCAACAAAAUCAACACACUUAUCCCGAGAAUUUUCUUCGACAACAGCAUCAAAAUUUUACUGGCAUGCCAGGACCGGUGUCAGCACCUAUAACGAAUGCACCCAAUUCACCAUUUACUGAUGUCUUAUCUAGAUCUUCCGGCUGGACGACUACAACGGAACAACCUCCUCCAUCUUCUCCAUGGGGAAUCGUGGCUCCAGGUAUCGGCGUUACUCCUUCGCGUGUUUCACAAUCCGAAGAUAUUGGUUACUUUGGUUUGAGGAAAGAAAAUAAUUUAGGAUUACAAAGUCGCACUGGCGAACGACCAUAUGAUAUUAUGGGCGGGCAAAUUCACGAGACUUCUUUUGAUAAUAAGACUCUGGAUAAUGUUUCAGAGUCUAUCACAAAACCUGUUCUUGGAGAUGAAGAGGCAUAUGGUAAAAAGGUUGAAGAAAACGUCACUAAUCAAGAAAAAACGGACACAACACAAAUUUCGAAGCCUCCUUUACAACUUACACAGAAGGAAGAAUUGAAUCGUUCGAAGUCCUCUUUACGCGAAAUUCAGGUUGAAGAGGAACGUAAAAAACAGUAUGGAGAAAAGGAGAAACCAUCAGUGGUAUCUUCUACUUCAAAUACUGUUGGCAAAUUGUCGCAAUAUCAGAAACCUAAUUUGAAUUGGGGAGGUAACAGUCCUGUAACCCCAUCAUCUCCAGCACCAUGGGCUAAAGAUGAAGAUCACUCUGUUCAAAAAAAUAUUUCUCUUCGAGAAAUUCAAGAAAUAGAAGCUAAGCAGGCUGCAGAGAGACAAGGAAUUGAAAGACAAGUACCGGAAAGAAAGUCUACAACAGUAUCAACGAUUAAUGCUACUCUUGCACCAUGGGCUAAAGAUGAAGACCAUUCUGCACAAAAGACACCAUCGCUCCGAGAAAUUCAGGAAAUGGAAGCUAAACAAGCUGCAGAAAGGCAAGCUUCAGAAAGAAAAGUUGCUUCGACCUCAACGACUAAUGCUAAUUCUAACAAGGAAGACCCGAUACCUUCAUCUAUAUCUUGGGGUAUAGUGGUUCCCACCCCGUCAAACGAAUCUAAUUCAUCCUCACUAUCGACAUCCCCAGUCGUUGCCACACCAGCGUGGCAAGCGAAUAACACUGCUCCAAAAAAAACACUACGAGAAAUUCAAAAAGAGGAGGAGGAGGCGACGAAAAGACGUAAUAAGAUUCGAGAGAUGCAACAAGCAGCUUUGAAUAAUGCCAAUGUGUCUAGUAGUAGUACAACUACUCAAAGUAAUGUGGGAAAACGUUAUGCCGAUACUGUUUCUAUUGUCCCCCCGAAGAAGACACCAACCAACAAUGUAAGCAAUGCUUGGACAACGGUAGCCAGUAAGACAGUUACGCGUGCCACUACCAAUUCUUCCGCAGCAACAAACGGUACCUCAUCUGUAACGAUGAAAUCAAGUAUAGCAUCUAAGGAUUCAUCCACAGUUUGGGAUACUGAUCAUAAAAAUAUCAAUAACUUACAAGGUUCAUCAAGAGUUCAAAAUCAAUCAGUUAAACCUGGUGAAACUCUAAAAAAUGGAGCUCGAGCAGUUGGGGUAAAUUUGGGAACGUCAAAGAAUGCGACCACAAACAGUAAUGUUAAGUCCAAUAAUCAAAGCAGCGGAAGUGCCGCUCCGUCCUCUGAUUAUUCCACCCCCAAACCACCAUCCGAAGAAUUUUUAAAAUGGUGUAAACAAGCUUUACGUGGGCUAAAUAAUGUUAACGUUGAAGAAUUCAUGCAAAUGUUAUUGUCAUUUCCGCUUGAUCCUCCCCCAGCCACUGUUGAAAUCAUUCAAGAUUCUAUCUACGCCAAUUCACCUACUCUUGAUGGACGUAGGUUUGCUGAUGAGUUUAUUAAAAGGCGUAAGGCAGAUGCUAACGGUUUACCGAUGAAUAGUUUACUGAGUCACAUGGACAAUAAGGCAAGCAAAGAUUCGACAGCGGGAAAUAUUAGUUCAAAAGAAGAUUAUGCUGGAAAUGGGGCAGGAGCUUUUAAAGUCGUGACGGCAAAAAAGGGCAAGAAAAAGCAGGCUAAUUAG